AUGCUGAUUGUGGUGACCAUCCUCUGCAGCCCAGUACUGCUGGGAUCCCCCAUGUACUUCUUCCUGGCAUUCCUGUCCUUACAAGAUGCAGGUUUCUCCUCGGCCAUCACACCAGAAAUGAUUGCGGACUCCCUGUACAAGCAGAAAACCAUCUCUUAUAAAGGAUGCACGAUUCAAUUUUUUGCUGGACACUCCUUUGGUGGGGCAGAGAUGAUUAUCCUCACAGUCAUGACCUAUGAUCACUAUGUGGCCAUUUGUAAGCCCUUGCACUACACUUCCAUCAUGAACUGGAGACUCUGUGGCAUUCUGAUUUACAUGAUCAGUUUUACUUCAACCAUUUCAUUAGAAAUCAUGAAAAACCAAAACUUCACAACUGAAUUUGUCCUCCUGGGGCUUUCACAGAAUCCUACUGUUCAGAAAAUAGUAUUUGGUGUGUUUUUGUGGGUCUACAUUGCAACAAUUGUGGGCAACAUGCUGAUUGUAGUGACCAUUUUCUGCAGCCCUGCACUGCUGGUGUCCCCCAUGUACUACUUCUUGGCAGUCCUGUCCUUCCUGGAUGCCUGCUUCUCCUCUGCCAUCACACCAACAAAGAUAGUGGACUCCAUUUGUGAAAGGAAAAUGAUCUCUUAUGAAGGUUGCAUGAUUCAACUUUUUGCUGAACACCUUUUUGGUGGGGCAGAGAUGAUUAUCCUCACAGUCAUGGCCUAUGACCACUAUGUGGUCAUUUGCAAGCCCUUGCACUACUCUUCCAUUAUGAACUGGAGACUCUGUGGCAUUCUGGUAGGAGUGUCCUGGACAGGGCGUUUCUUGAAUUCCAUCAUCCAGAUUCUCUUUACCUUCCACUUGCCCUUCUGUGGGUCUAAUGUCAUUGAUCAUUUCAUGUGUGACCUGUACCCAUUACUGGGGCUGACCUGCACUGACACCCACAUCCUAGGCCUUCUGGUGAUCGCCAACAGUGGAUUAAUCUGCAUCAUCAACUUCUCCCUGUUGCUUGUGUCCUAUGGUGUCAUCUUGUUCUCCCUGAGGACACAGUGCUGA